GACAAACAAAACACACCGAUAGACUUAAGAGAUGGUAUAAUGAUUAUAAUUUAAUGAAGAGUUUUUAAAACAGAACACACCGAUAUUUUAAUUUAUUUUAAGACAUCAUGAACUUUACGCACUAUAAAGAGAUCAAGCUUAUUAACAUUUCAAACAGAAAAAUCAUGGCUGAAAUUUACAAGUUUGUUUAUGCUAUCAUUCUAUUUCUUUCCUUUUUUCAUGUUGGAAUGACAGUUCGUGGUGAACCUAUUAAUAAAUGUGAAAGUGAUGCUGAUUGUGAAGAAUUUACGGGGGUGUGGUACAUGAAGUGCAUUGAUCAGAAAUGUGUUUGAACGGUUAAAACUUUGAAUUGAUAAAAAUUUAUUGGAAAGUUUGAACCGAGUAAUAUGUGAGUCUGGAUCUAAGUUUGUCCUUAAGCCUUAUUGGAACAAUGACUUUGUCUCUAAGUGAUUUUAUUUUAUGAAUCUAUUUUAUUUAUGUAAUAGUUAUUUGAAUUCCUUCAAGAGGCCUUGGGCCCAUUACUAUUUGGAUCCAUUAGUAGCUAAAACCCUAGCUAUAUAAAUGUAUGUGCAGCCUCCUUAGAGGUUAUGAAUGAAGUAUUUUAUUUUCUCAGUUUUUAUAUUACGCCUCUUUAUUGUCUUCUAGUAUAACCCUCGUUUGAGAUAACAUAGCGUGAACCUAGCAUCAUUGGUGCUUUCAUCGAUUUGAACCAUGCCUAGAACCACAAAUCCCACCAACAAAGAUCUGGACGAAUCCAUUCAAGCAGCCACACAGCAGUUUGAAGAAAACAACAACCGUUUGACUGAAGGUUUGGGUGAGGUGAACACAGCCAUUAUAGCCACCAACACUCGUUUGACUGAAGAGUUGGGAGUUUUGAACUCGAAAUUUGAGACUCAGCAGCAAAUAUUCCAGCGAGAUCUGGCUGCAAAUAAUGAAUCGCUUAAACUAUUCAUUGCAGAAACCAUCAAAGCUUAUGCUAGUCCUGCAACAACAUUCACCACAACAGCAGCAGCCACUACCGCUGUCACAGCCAGCGAUUCAACAACAACGGAUACAGCCAUCAUGGUGACAGCCACCGCGGCCAACACCUCCACCACCACUGUUUUUACCACUUCAGGUACCCCUCAUUCUCCAUCUGUACCACCAGGUUAUGAACUUAUCCUUCCCACUCCCUCAACACCCAUUCAAACCCCUAUUUUUACCACAACCACUCCACUCACCUUACCCAUCAGCCACACCCCCCAAAGUUUUCCCUCAACAGCCAUACAAACACCUAUUCACACAACUACCAUUCCACUCACCUUACCAAUUAACCACACAUUCCCAAUUUUUCCAACAACACCCAUUACCAUUCCACUACAACCACCUUACCAAAUUGGUACUUAUACGCCAUCUGUCAUGAAUACCUCUAUUUAUUCCACACAGCCACUACAACCUCCACCUUUUCCACCGCCACCACAGCAAACUGCGGGCACUACCACACCACUGUUUUUCCCACAUCACACUCCAUAUUACAUACCACAACUACAACAAUUUCCAUCUUAUCCAAACUUUCUACAAAACUCACCCACCCCACAAACACACAACAGCCCACACCCCAAUUUUCGAAACCCAAAGAUUGAAAUGGGUACUUUUGAUGGAACCAACGCUUUGGAUUGGCUUUUCCAAGCAGAACAAUUUUUCUUGUUUUAUAAUGUUGCAUUAGAAAAUCGUUUACCAAUGGUUGCAUUCUAUAUGAAAGGGGAAGCACUUAGUUGGUAUAAAUGGAUGUUUCAAAACCACCAAUUAACUGAUUGGCAUUCAUUUUCUAGAGACCUAGAGUUACAUUUUGGUCCCUCAACGUAUGAGAAUCACCAAGCUGAAUUAUUCAAACUAAAGCAGACUGGUACAAUAGCUGAAUAUCAAUCAAAUUUUGAAAAGUUGGCAAACAGAGUUAUAGGUUUGCCGGCUGAUGCUAUGCUUAAUUGUUUUAUUUCUGGUUUGCAUUCUGAUAUAAAAAAUGAGCUCGCCAUCCAAAGACCUUACAACAUUUCCCAAGCCAUUGGUUUAGCCAAACUAGUGGAGGCAAAGCUAAGAGACAGUAAACCUAAAUACCCAAGACCAUUCACACCUAACAGCAACAUCACAUCACAACCCAAUAAACACAACAUUUUCAACCACAAUUCCCCCAAAAUACCCACUACAUUUACUACAUCUAAACCCACCUCCUCCACACUGUUGGAACAAAAUUGAU